AUGGAAAUUGCCCUGGAAACGUUGAAUCAACCAACGGAUGAGUACCUUAGGAUUCAGAUGGUAUGCUUGUUAAAGAAUUGUUUACAGGAGGUAGUGACGGACUUUGCAUUCAUCGUGGAUGAGUUUCCAAACUUCAACAUAAUCAUCGGUCGACCUAUAAGGAUCUUAUGUCGAGCUCCUCUGAAGCAUGGCCGAGUAUCUGGGGUCCCAUCUUCUACAUAUUAAGAGAAGACAAGAAUGAUGCUUUAUUCAGAAAAAUGGUGUUGAAUAAUGAUGUCAUUGAUUGGACCCGGAAUAAAGAAAAAUCUUUGUUUAUAUAUGGAGUAACUGAAACACAAAAAUCUGUAUUCGAUGAGGUCGCUCAGAUGUAUGGUCGGGUUCCUUUGGGUGAAGUUCUGGAAGGAAAGACAUUUUCAAUACAAAAGGAUGACAUUAACGAAGCCUUAAUAGAGGUACCCACUAUGAAGCAGUUAACUUGUUCAACACUACGCCUUGAUGAAGCUGUUCUAGUUCAGCGACGCUGGCAGCAUAUCCUUGCAGAUGAUCCAGACAUCACAGCAGGAAUAGAGUUCUGUAUUAAAAACUUUCCAAAUAUAUGUCUGAGGAAUGAUAAGCGUGAAGUCAUAGGACAUAUGUUGACUGCAUGCAAUGGUGAGAUGCUGAUGUUAAAUGUGACCGAAUCCCAUAGACGUCAAGGACUUGGUACAGCUGUACAGUUAUUGCUGUGUAAAAAAAUCUAUGAGCAAAAUGAAAGACCGUUUUGGAUAGUGCUAGCAAAUAAUGAACAGUCUUUACAGAUGAAUGCAAAAAUGGGUGCUCAACUCUUAGAUAAUGGGAUGAUAUUGUACGGAUCUAGAUAUAAAUACAUUGGCUAA